AGUUAAACGAAAAUACGUGAUUUCUUCUUUAUAGUUGUUGUUUGUUUGUUGUUUGGUCCAGCACAGUUUUGAGCUCAUCACGUGCGUGUCUACUCAUCAACACGCCGCGUACCAGGCCCACCACCACCACCACCACCGCAAACACUAUCCGUACUGCUCGUCAGCACAUUUAUCAAAACGAAGUUUUCUUCCUCUUCUGACAUUUUUUUUUGUGUUUUCUUUCCGAGGCGGCUCCCGAACUCGUCGUCUCGAGUUAUUUUAUUUUUCUCAGUUCCAUUGCGUGCUGACUCUGCGGAAGCGUGAAGAAGAAGGCAAAACAGAACAUCAACGGUCUGCACUGUACAUAGGCCUUUCGAAAACCGCAGACGCCUGUACAUAUUUCGGUGUUGGAGUCUUCUUCUACUGUUUUUUUCUCUCUUUUAUUUGACUUUGCUGUAACAAACGCUGUUUUAGUGUUGCUAAGCCGCUUCGUUCACCCAGGCAUACAUCUUCCUCUUUCUUCUUCAUUUUUUUCCAUUCUCCGCACCUUAUCUUUCUACGCCCUCCCCCCUCGCCCCUCCUCCUCGUCUGGUGCGCACAGCAGGCGCGAAAGACUUGAGGAAGCAAAACUCCAAAGCGAUAGGUAAGUACAAGCGAGACGAAAAGGAAAGGGUUUUUUUUUAAAAAAAACAAAAUGGCUUCCUCGGAUAAAUCUGAGGCGCUUGCCGAGGAGCUGCGGCAGCAACUCAGUGGCCUUCAGAAUCACAACGCUCAGCUGCAGCACUCCAUCGCCUCCCUGCGCGCCGACGACGCAGCCCAGGAUGUAUCCCGCGCCAACCCGCACAAACUGCAGUCCGCCGAAGACACCUCCGAAAGCGGCGCACCCAAGCACAAGGCAACGAAACAAACGCUCACUCACCGUGAAGAAUACGACUCUGUCGACUCUCCCCCGGCGGCGCCGUCGUCCGAGCCGGCGCAUGAGGAGCAUCCCCGCGUUGACGAGCCCCUGCCCCUUCAGCCAGAAUCGCAGCAACUCAACGCGCAGCCCGCAGAUGAAAACCACCAGAGGGAUGAACAGGGUAAGAGGCCGACCAGCCCUUUGCCACAUGAGGCCGCCCCGCGCGAUACUCCCACACCCCUCACUGCUCGUGAAUUCAGCCAGCCUAGGAAGCACCGACGGUCCCAACACCAGCCACAAGAGCUCCCCACACCACUCCCGGCCACCGAAACCCACCAGGCUGUAGAGCAACAACAGCAGCAUCAACAUCAACCGAGCGAUAUCCCCGAACCUCUCACCGCUCGAGAAUUCAGCCAGCCAAGGAAGCACCGACGCUCCCAACACCAGCCACAAGAGCUCCCCACACCACUCCCGGCCACCGAAACCCACCAGGCUGUAGAGCAACAACAGCAGCAUCAACAUCAACCGAGCGAUAUCCCCGAACCUCUCACCGCUCGAGAAUUCAGCCAGCCAAGGAAGCACCGACGCUCCCAACACCAGCCACAAGAGCUCCCCACACCACUCCCGGCCACCGAAACCCACCAGGCUGUAGAGCAACAACAGCAGCAUCAACAUCAACCGAGCGAUAUCCCCGAACCUCUCACCGCUCGAGAAUUCAGUCAGCCCAGAAAGCACCGACACUCCCAGCACCAACCACAAGACCUCCCCACACCACACACAGCUCGUGUAAUCGAGCAGCUCGGCCGACACCCUGUUGUGAGAGCAAACCCGCAUGCGCCCGUUAAGCGGUUCGUCGCGGACGAGCCGCGCGAGGCCGUCGAGGAGCUCAGCGCACACGAAGCCGAGGAGCCCGUCGAGCACCCGGCGGAGGACGAUCACCAGUGGGACGAGCUGGACGAGCAGCCCGUGGAGCACCCCGUCGAGGAGGAGCCGCGCGAGGCCGUCGAGGAGCUCAGCGCACACGAAGCCGAGGAGCCCGUCGAGCACCCGGCGGAGGACGAUCACCAGUGGGACGAGCUGGACGAGCAGCCCGUGGAGCACCCCGUCGAGGAGGAGCCGCGCGAGGCCGUCGAGGAGCUCAGCGCACACGAAGCCGAGGAGCCCGUCGAGCACAUCGAGGAGCCUGUUGAGCACCUUGUGGAGGAGGAUGAGGCCACCGCGAUGCAAGCUUCGCGUGCCGACGAUUAUCCUACUGAUGCUUCAGCGGAUGCCAAGGUGGAGGAGCGGAAGCCGAGUGCAGAUGAGGUGCGUGUCUCGCGACAUAGCUCUCAACAGCAGAUUGGCUCCAUGCAAAAUGUACCACCGCUGCACGACAGCGACGAUGAGGAGGAUCGCUCGCCGGACCUGUGGGUGAAGCGGAAGAGUGACGCUGUCCCUCAGCGCCGGCUAUCGGCGUUUGGCCGUAACCCUGUUAUUACCGCCACCGACUUCUACGGCGUGCCAUUGCCGGGGAGCUUUGGUGGGGCGCGUAUCCGCAACGUGGUGGAUCGUCAUCGCGGGCUGAUUAGCCACAAGACGCGGCCGCACACGGCAGAGGCGGGAUACGUCUCGCUUUACGCGGAUAAGUUUGGUGGCCUUGGUGAUGGACGCAGCUUUGUCGCGUCCUCGAUGCCUCCUGUGCGUAAUUCCGACGUGGAUGGCCAACUCGCAGACUUUGUCGCGUCCUCGCUGCUUCCUGCGUCGUACCGCGUGACGGGACAGCUGCAGCCCGCGCUCAACAGAGAACGCGGGGUGGCCUUUACGGCGGCCAAGGCGGUGGUGCCCGCCUCCACGGUCACCGCAGUCGACGCCGCAAACGAUGAGACAGCCGCCUCCGCCCGCUUCGAGCUGACCAGUGCGGAGAACGGCGAUGUCGUAGAGCACGACGCCUUGGCGGGCCUCGGCUACUGGAAUGCCGAGAACCCCAAGACGACGCACUACACAAAGCCGAGUGCGCUGCUGGAGGCAAAGGAGCAACGUGAGUGCACCUUGUUCCGCCGCUACUCGCGCAACUAUGAGAAGCUCGUGACGGACACGGCGCGCGGCGCCGGAGGAGAGGCAGGGUUGUCCAUUCAGAACUCGUAUCUAUCCUUCCGGGCCGCCUGCGAUGCCGAGGAGCGCAAACCCGUUCACCAACGGAGGUUCUACACGGGGAAGGCUGUGGAUUGGAGACAAACGUUGUUGGAGCAGCAGGAGGAAAUGAACAGCAUAGCCCGCCGUAAGCUGUAA